AUGGCCCUUCCUCAGGGCCCGGAGGGUGACAGCCCCCUGCCGGGGGACCCCCCGGCCUCCGAGGACGCCGCGGGGCCCAGCCAGGCCCCCGCCAGCCCCGCGGUCGCCCGGCGGCGGCUGCUCCUGCGGGAGCUGGAGGCCCAGGUGCAGGCGGCCUUCGGGCAGGACCGGGAGCUGCGGCCGGAGGAGAUCGAAGAGCUGCAGGCCGCCUUCCAGGAGUUCGACCGGGACCGGGACGGCUACAUCGGCCACCGGGAGCUGGGCGCCUGCAUGCGGACGCUGGGCUACAUGCCCACGGAGAUGGAGCUCAUCGAGAUCUCCCAGCAGAUCAGUGGCGGGAAGGUGGACUUUGAAGACUUUGUGGAGCUGAUGGGCCCCAAGCUGCUGGCGGAGACCGCGGACAUGAUCGGCGUCCGGGAGCUGCGGGACGCCUUCCGAGAGUUUGACACCAACAGGGACGGCUGCAUCAGCCUGGCGGAGCUGCGGGCGGCCCUCAGGGUCCUGCUGGGGGAGCGCCUCACGCAGCGGGAGGCGGACGAGAUCCUGCAGGACAUGGACCUCAACGGGGACGGCCUGAUCGACUUCGAAGAGUUUGUGCGGAUGAUGUCUCGCUGA